CUGGCUGGGUCGGAUACUCCAUUGGGCAACUGGUGGGGAGAAAGUCGAUGCUGCCACCCGGUGCCUGAAAUUUAUGACAUUCUAAGGAAAAGCUAUGACAAGUUAAAUGACAAGCAGCUGCCACUGUUACUGGAUGUUGCUUGCUUCCUCCAUGGGAUGUUGAGAUCUAGACUUUUAAACUUUACGAAAACUAGUUGCUACGAUGCCUAUAGUGAUGUAAAGGAUCUAAUCAAUAAGUCACUACUGGUUUGUGUCUAUGGCAAGGAUGGCAAGACGAUUGAGGUGCACGCUUUGCUUAAAGACAUGGCUUGGCAAAUUGUUAACGCAGAACGGGAGCUUCGAAAGCGGAGCAGGCUGGAGAAUCCUAAAGACAUCAUUGAAUUACUGCAUACUCUUAAAGUAUGGUUCAUAGUGAAAGUUAGUUUUCUUAUUUUUGUGCUUUCACUUUCUGUCCACGCCAAUAUGUGUUAUAAUCUUGUGAACCUGGUGGAGCUUGACCUUUACGGCUGUUAUUAUCUCACUGCACUCCUAGACCUGUCCAUGUCUAAACAUCUUGAGGUCCUCAUACUCCAUGAUUUCAAAAGCCUGGUUGAUCUACCUUCGUACGUCAGAUAUCUCGACAAACUACUGAGGUUGGAUGUCGAAGAUUGUUGCAACUUAGAGCGCAUUCCAACCAAACUUAAGUCUAAGCACCUCAAGUAUGUGUUAAUGUCCAAAUGUUUCAAGGUCACCCAUUGUCCGUAUAUUAAUUCAAAGGAGCUAGAGAUUUUGGAUUUAGAUAGGAUGCCUAUCAGUGUAGCACCACCGGCUUCUAUCUACAACAAGAUGCAGGCGUGGCAUCCUAAGUCUAGAUUGCCCAGAGACCAUCAGUUUCCCUCAAGUUUCGGCAAGGUUCUCAAUUUCUAUGGCACGACUAUUGAGACCUUGUCGUCAUGUAUUCAGGAACUAAACGAGUUGUUGAUGCUAGAACUGAGCAACUGCUCAAGGCUUGAGUCCAUCCCGGACAUCAUUCACAAACUUGCCAAGCUAUCAUUAUUGAUUGUGAUGGGGAGCAAGAGGCUUACUUUGUUACCACGACUUCCACCACGCCUCAAGCUUUUGUCUGCGAGAUUUUGCAAGUCCUUACGAGCUCUUCCAAGCGACAUAGGCAGGAUGAGUUGCCCUGUAAUGUGGUUUGAUUGUUGCUCGCAGUUGGAUCGGGCUUUGCUUGCCGACAUGGUAUCGGGUUUCCUCCAACAAGUCAUGCCUCUGUAUUCUCAGAUA